UAACAAACAAACCACCCCAUACCUACCACGCAGACCACUUGCUUCUCCAGGCAGGGAGAGUCAAAACAAGGGAGCCCGCAUGGCUGACGAUGGCUGACGAUGGAUGACGGGACGGGCGCAGACCUCUCGCUGUCUCUGACCAAGCACGUCACGAGCAACGAGUUCACCAUCCUACUGAUCCUCAUCCUCCUCUUCGUCGCCAUCUUCUUCUGCCACAGCCUGGUCCGCCUCGGCAUGCUGGUGCUCAAGGCGCGUAAGCGCAACCAGAUGGUAGAACGGGGACAGAUAUCCGCCGUCAUCGCCCCGGGCGGUUACGCCAUCCCGCGCGAGCCCAUCCCCGUCGUGCUCGCCCGGGACGAGGAGGCUGCGGGCAUCGAGAGCGAGGCCACCAAGACCGGGCCGCCGGCCUACGGUGUCUGGAGGGAGAGCGUGAGGGUCGAUCCCGACCGCUUGUACUGGGUGCGCAAUGAGCACGCACCACCGCUGGACGAGGUGUCGGAGCUCAGCGGCCCGGACGGCUCCGGCCCUGACGGGAGCACGGCGAGCUCGCAGAGCGGCGCUCGCACGCAGAUCCCGCGCCCGCCGUCCUACUCGUCCGAUGACGGUGUCAGCUACGUCGUCGACGCCCGGCCGAGGUCCAUCGCACCACCAACACCGGCGAAUACCGCUCCAGGAGGGCUUCCGCAUCCGUCCCAGACCGGGAUGUCAGGGACGUGGGUGUGAGAUGUGAGAA